AGAUCUCGUGAGGGCGAAAACGCGAGGCUUGGAGGCGCCCGCGCUUAGGCUUCGCGGGAGGAGGAACGGGGGAGGCCUGAGCGCCGCAGUGCAUGCUGGGGCCGCCACUCUCUCGGGAAAGCGCGGGACCGAUGAAAGUACGGGUCCCGGGAGGUUGACUGCACUCUGGGCUCAGGAACGUGGUGGUGUCUCAGAUAAGGUACAGCAAGCUUUGAAACAUGACAGACUAGAGAAAGCGAAGGGGAAAAGUCUAAACAUGAAGCCACUUCUGACCAUCUGCAGGCUGCUUAGACAUUUCAACGGAUUUUCUGUAAAACCAAGCCCUCUUGUGAGUUUCUCCACUUCCUCUUAUUUGUGCCGCCAGAAGAAAAAAAACCCGUAUGAAACAGUAGACCAAGGAAAGUACUCCCGUUUAGUGCGGUCUGUCUUGUUCAAAGGCCCGGCCCAGACCCCAGAGUCAUUGUUCAAGGAAGAUGAUGUUCUCUUCGGUCCUGUAUGUAAGCACAAGGCUCCAGAGCAGCCGGCGAGAGUUCCAGAGACCUGGUUUCCUAUCUUCAAUGAAGAGAGAAGUGGGAAACCACAUCCCAGGGCUUCUUCGGGUCCCUUGAAGAUCCCUUUGCAAAGACACGAGACACCCAGUGUGACACGCAUCCUUCAGCAGACCAUGACACCCGAACAGAGCUUCUUUCUGGAGAGGUGGAAACAGCGGAUGAUUCUGGAGCUGGGAGAAGACGGAUUCGCAGAAUAUACUUCAAAUACCUUUCUACAAGGCAGAAAGUUCCAUGAAGCCUUGGAAAGCAUACUCUCCCCGCAGGAGAACUUAGAAGGGAGAGAAGAACUCCUCCAGUCUGGCUAUAUCAAAAGCGUCCAGCAUAUUUUGAAAGAAAUCAGUGGUGUGCAAGCCCUGGAAAGCGCUGUUCAGCACGAGGCCCUGAAGUAUGUAGGGAUGCUGGACUGUGUGGCUGAGUACCAAGGCAAGCUGUGUCUGAUUGAUUGGAAGACAUCAGAGAAACCAAAGCCUUUUAUUCACAAUACGUAUGAUAACCCACUACAGGUCGUGGCGUACAUGGGUGCUGUAAACCAUGAUGCUCACUACAGCUUUCAGGUUCGGUGUGGCUUAAUUGUGGUGGCCUAUAAAGACGGGUCCCCUGCCCACCGUCAUUUCAUGGAUGAAGAGCUCUGUUCCAAGUAUUGGGCCAAGUGGCUUCUUCGACUAGAAGAAUAUACAGAAAAACAAAAGAAUCAGAGUAUUCCGAAGCCGGACUAGAGGCCAGGAUAUGACUUGGGAACAUUGGGCGAAUCUGAGAGUUACGUUAACACAAACUGAAGAUGUAAUUUGUUGGGACGUAUUGCUAGUGAGAAGUCAGCACUGACCCAGCUGUACUACCUCUGUUAUGUACCCAGAAGAGGGCACACAGGAUUGACACUCACCUUGGUGACUUCUGGACUCACUUGCAGAUCUUUUUGUGUCCCUGGCAGGAUGCCCAGUCUUUGGAUUGAGAUCAGAAGGCAGUGAAGCUUCAUGUGCCAAGCAUGCCCCUAGGGCUCUCAGGGAGGGGGUGAGGGUCCCAACCACCAGGGUGUGAAGAGGGAGAGCCAUCAGCCUGGCUGCCUAGAAAGCUAGCACACUCACCACAGCAUGGGCCAGAACCUUUCUAUACCAGUGGAGCCCAGCAGUGGUCACCACUGUUAGGGUGUAGUAUCUGUUUCUGGUGUCAGUCAGCAGGCCAUAUACUAGAAAAACACUGUUGUGGGAUUUUUCAGCUAAGAGCAACACUGAUAUAAUCCUUUUUUUUUUUCUGUGUUUGGUAGAUAAUCAUUGGUUGUUCUUGGAAUUGAGAAAGAUAAAUGUCAUUAUUUCCUUGGGAGAGGAAAAAAAGAGUAAUAAAGUGGUUUUGUUUGGUUUUA